AUGGAUUUGACGGCGUCGUUAUUAACAUUUGCAAUGUUUUGGAAAUUGUCAUGGAGUUUACAGUGCUACACGUGCAAUCCAGAACACGAGACGCUGCCGUGUCUGUCGUUCGACUACAGCAGCAAAUACUUGACGGAGUGUAAGCUCUCCACCAUGUGCUUCAAAAAGGUCACCACGCUGGAAUUCAGUCAGGGAUUGACAUCGGAGAGUAUAACGAGAGGCUGUGCGAGUCAGACAGCGAAUGGAGAGCAAAGGAGGAUCAAUGGCAAAUGGCGAGCGGUCCAGGACAUACACGAGGUUUAUGAGGAAACCUGUUCGGAAGACCCGAGCAACUCCGAGCGCUCCCCGAACACCAUGUAUUGUUAUUGCCGAGGCGACCGAUGCAAUGGUAGUCAACAAAUACUAGGGAGUUUGUUAGCGUUUGCUGCUGUCAUUAUUUUAGGUGUUUUAAGUUAG